AUGCGUCUCACAAACGCAUUUGCCGUCGCCCUGGCCUUUGCUGGGGCGUCCGUGGCUCUGACCCCUGAUGAGCAGCAGAAGCAGGCCUUCGCUGAACAGGAGAAGCAGCUCGCGAACCAGCAGAAAGCCAUGUUCGCGGAGCAGAAGCACGCCAUGUCCGAACAGCGGAAGCAGUUCCAAAACCAGAACAAAGCCUUCCAGGAACACGAGAAGCACGUCGAGCAUGACUUGGGCAUCACCCCCAAGACCUCAAAGAGCGACAAGACGUCCAAGCACUCCCCGACCGACAAGAAGUCAUCCCACAAGGACGGCCUUUCCAGCAAGCACCGGACUUCCAAGAAUAGUGGUGGGAACCACAGACAGUCCAAGGCUAAGGAGGGAAAGCAUGGACUUUCCAAGGGGAAACAUAGCAGCAGCAGACUGUCCAAGAACAAGAACGCCGGCGAGCAUCGCGCCGGCAAGAACCACGCUGGCAAGAAUCGCGCCGGAAAUAGCAAGACUGGUUCCAAGGGAAAACAUGCUGCUAAGAGCCAUGGAAAGACCGGUGCCAAGGGCAAGACUGGUUCCAAGGGAAAGCACAUUUCCAACGGCAAGAACCACGCCAGCAAGAGUAAGACCGGUGCCAAGGGCAAACAUGCUGUGAAGGGCAAGGGCAAGACCGCUGGCUCCAAGGGAAAGCAUGUCACUAAGGGCAAGGGCAAGACUGGCACUAAGACCAAGGCUGGCUCCAAGAGCAAGGCUGGUUCUAAGGGCAAGCAUGUCACCAAGGGCAAGGGAAAGUCCGGCACCAAGAGCAAGACUGGCUCUAAGAGCAAGGCCGGGUCUAAGAGCAAGGCCGGUUCCAAGGGCAAGCAUGUCGCCAAGGGCAAGGGCAAAUCUGGCACCAAGAGCAAGACUGGCUCUAAGGCUAAGGCCGGCUCGAAGGGCAAGCACGUUGCUAAGGGUAAGGGCAAGUCUGGCACUAAGACUAAGGCUGGCUCGAAGAGCAAGACUGGUUCUAAGAGCAAGGCUGGUUCCAAGGGCAAGCAUGUCGCUAAGGGCAAGGGAAAAUCUGGUACCAAGAGCAAGGCUGGCUCCAAGACUAAGGCUGGCUCCAAGAGCAAGGCCGGUUCCAAGGGCAAGCAAGUUGCCAAGGGCAAGAGUGGCUCUAAGGGCAAGUCUGGAUCUAAGACCAAGGCUGGCUCCAAGAACAAGGCCGCUUCCAAGAGCAAGGCUGGCUCUAAGGGCAAGUCUGGAUCUAAGACUAAGGCUGGCUCCAAGAACAAGGCCGCUUCCAAGAGCAAGAGUGGCUCUAAGAGCAAGGCUGGCUCUAAGGCCAAGUCUGGUUCUAAGGCCAAGGCUGGCUCCAAGAGCAAGGCCGCUUCCAAGAGCAAGGCUGGCUCUAAGGGAAAGUCUGGUUCUAAGGCCAAGGCUGGCUCCAAGAACAAGGCUGCUUCCAAGAGCAAGAGUGGCUCUAAGAGCAAGUCUGCUUCCAAGCCCAAGGCUGGCUCCAAGGCCAAGGCCGGUUCCAAGACCAAGUCCGCUUCUAAGACCAAGACUGCCACUAAGAGCAAGGCUGGUUCCAAGCCCAAGGCUGCCACGAAGAGCAAGGCUUCUUCUGGCUCCAAGCCCAAGGCCGCUACCAAGGCGAAGGCUCCAGCCAAGGCUGCUUCCAAGGGAGGAAAGAAGGGCAAAUAA